AUGUGUUCCACAUAUGUAACAAUAUCUAGCGAUCUUUAUACAAAAAAAAUUACUCCGGCUGAAAUUAUUGCUGAUACCACAAAUAAUUUAGCGUAUCGCAUUAUCUAUCACCAUUCUAUAUCAAAUCGCAAUAACUUUGCUUUUUCACCAACAUCACUUAUUAGUGUUUUAAUUGCAUUAUAUGAGGGCAGUUACGAUCGAAGUUAUUCUGAAUUGCAAAGCUUCCUUGGAUUACCAGAAAUCAAAGACACAUCAAGAAUUGGUCUACGAGACAUUCACAGAAGAUUAAGGACUUAUUUCUUUUCGCAAGAUAACCCUCUUAAUGGAUUAUGUUUAAAUAAAGAAAAUGUUACAAUAACACCUGAAUAUGAAGCAAUCUUAAAGUUUUAUGGCUUUGAUUUAGAUUUUAGAAUUGCAGAAAUACAAACUUUUAUAUCAGAAACAUCUAUAACUUUAAAAAAUGAUUCAGUGUUUGAAGUAAAUCACACUACUGAAAAUGCGAUGCAAAAUGUUUCCUCUGUCACAAUAAAUCCUAUUACUGAAACUAACUUUUCAAAUAACCAAACCGAUAUAAUUACAACGGUGAAAACAUUAAUGAAUAAUACUGAAGUGGAAAUUAUUACAACAACAGAAAAAACUUCAGUUACAACCAAUUUUGCUGAAGAAAUUACAACAUCAACAGAAAUUGCAACUGAAAUUCCAGAGCUAGCAGCAUACGUUCGCCCCAAAGUAAAUUUUAAUUCAGUAAAAAAUAAAAAAAUAUCUGAUUAUUGGUUUGUUAAUGAUGAUGAAGCAAUUUUAACACAUGUCGUAAAAACGCAAGAUAUUUCAUCUUUGCCAAUUCCAUUGCAUUAUACACCGUUCGUAAAAUUCGCAAACAUUGGAAAUUUUGGCGUUGAGUUAGAUUCACGUUAUCUAUUUCCAAAAGAAACUUCUCAUAAAAACACAAUUAAUCAUAUUUUCUAUCUUAAUAACCAUGAAACAAUUCAAACAAAUUACAAAACUUACAAUAGUGUUUUAAAUUACAAAUAUUUAGCUUCACAGAAAACUACAAUAUUAGAAUUGGAGCUAAAUUCUAUAAAUUAUAAUUUAAUUAUAUUUUUACCCGAUUUUAAUAUAGACAUAGAUACAGCAAUAAAAUCGUUAAAAAAUAUUCCAAGUUUAAGAUUUUUAAAAAAGUUAAUGAAACCAAAAUGGGUUCAUGCAAUAAUUCCAGAUUUCCGGUUGAAAGGAAAAAUAUACUUAACAAAUGAUUUACAAAAUAUGGGGGUGAAAGAUAUUUUUGAACCAUCAAGAGCCGAUUUCUCAUUAAUGACAACUGAUAAGGAAAUUUAUGUAAAACAUAUUGAACAAACUAUCGAUAUUAAUAUCAAAACGCAACCUAUUGAUCAAGUUAAAGGUAACAUUGCUCAAGAAUAUCAACCCAUUGAAGUGGCUGUCAAUCAUCCAUUCUUAUUUUUCAUUGUUGAUAAGGAAGUAGAUGUUGCAAUUAUAGCUGGUCGUGCAGUUAAUCCUCUAAAUCUUAGGAUUCAAUAA